AAUUCUGAAGAUCCUUCACCUCAAAGACUCGCUAUGUAUAUAAAAUUUCCUGGCGAACUUUUCAUACGAAUGUUGAAAUUGAUCGUAAUUCCAUUGAUAACCUCAAGCAUCAUUGUUGCAUUGAAUGAUAUCGAUAUCAAAAGUGCUGGUCGCCUGGGCAAGAGAACCAUGAUCUAUUAUAUAACAACCACAAUACCUUCAGCAAUACUUGGUUUAAUUCUAGCGACUAUAAUUAAACCUGGCAGUGGUGUUAAUAAGGAAGAUAAAGUAUCCGACAAUAUCGAACGUGAUUCUGUCGAUUCAUUUCUAGAUUUAUUGAG